AUGGACAACCCCGUUUCCAGCAAUUGGGAAGAACAAGCGUCGUUUGAGAUGUCAACACAGGAGCAACUCCAGGUAUUUCUUCAAACGGAGCGAUGGAACCAUCCCCGGUCCAACAUACUCAAAACAUUGGCCACUUACUGGAGCUUUCUGGUUAUGGGCAUGAAUGACGCUGCGUAUGGCCUCCUUGGACUACUACACGGUUUCUACGGUGCUGGCGGAGUAUUAAGUCCUUUGAUAGCCACUUCCUUGAUUACCAAAGCCCAUCUGGAAUGGUACUACUUCUAUUAUAUCAUGAUUGGCUGCGCGGCGCUUGAAUUUGCCUUCCUACUCACCGUUUUCUGGGAUUCUCCCGGUCCCCCUGUCGAGGACGCUCGUGCCAAUGAGAGCAAGGGUGGUCUCCGUCAAGUUCUCUUUAAGAAGACGUAUGCCCGGGUAACUUGGCUGUGUGCCUUUUUCCUUCUCGGCUAUGUAGGAAUUGAAGUUGCACUCGGCGGAUGGAUCGUAACAUUCAUGAUGCAAAUCCGCAACGGAGAAGCAUUUGCCAGCGGUAUGACGGCUACUGGAUUUUGGCUAGGACUAACCGUAGGCCGGGUAGUACUGGGCUUCGUGACGCCGCGAAUAGGGGAGAAGGUCUCUAUCGUAGUAUACUCCCUACUCGCUAUUGGGCUGGGACUAAUUCUCUGGCUCGUGCCUAAUUUUUAUGCUUCAGCGGUGGCAGUCGCCCUGCAAGGCUUUUUUCUCGGCCCAUUUUUCCCUGCUGUCGUGGUCGUAGCUACCAAGCUUCUCCCCAAGUCGCAGCAUGUUAGUGCCAUUGGGUUUGCGGCUGCUUUUGGUGGAGGAGGUGCAGCUGUCCUACCGUUCGUUGUCGGUGCCAUUACACAGGCACGAGGAGUCGAGGUUCUCCAGCCUUUCAUCAUUGGCUUGUCCGGUGGUAUCCUCUUGCUAUGGUUGGGACUGCCGCGGAUGCCAAAGAAGGGAGAGGAAAGCCGUCCCGGUGCUUGA